AGUCAGAAAGUCAGAAUGAAAAGUUCUUUAACCAUACCCGAAUACGUGAGCGAUGCACUAAGCAGCGUGGCACAGAAAUUAGGCUUCACCAGUAAUCAACACUCAGUGGAUUAUGAUUUUCGUACCAGCGAAAACAAUCGUUCGGUGGUGUCCAUUUUCUAUCGCGUGACAUUUCGUGAGGAACCACGUGAAGUUACCGUGCUGUGUAAGGUUCCGCCACCCGGUGCAGACGAUGCGCUGUUGGCAUUGUUCGAACGUGAAGUGUUCGUGUAUGGGAAGCUGUUGCCUGCAUUCGAACAAUUUCAGCGAACAGCGCAGGAAGCGGUUCCCACGAACACAACUACAUCAACCGCUCCGGAGGAGGAAAUCGUAUCCUUUGGACCGUUGUGUUAUCAUGCACACUGUGACGCGAAAAAGGGAGAGGGUAUCAUUGUGCUAGAGGACGUGCAGAGGCGUGGAUUCACCAACCGACACAAGUUCGAACCGAUGGACUAUGAACACGCACGUCUUGCGAUGGUACAGUUGGGACGAUUUCAUGCGAUUUCGCUAGCCCUUAAGAAGCAGCAGCCAGAAUUGUUUGACCAGUAUCGCUACAUGGGUGACGUUACCGGUGAGCGUGUACUAGCGAUGGAAGGGUUCGAACAGGCAAUGGAACAAGCAUUCGAAAGUGCAUCGGCCACGCUGAAUCCCGGCGAUGUGGGAAGGCGCGAAAAAUUGGCACGUCUUCGUGGAUGCUUUGCCGAGGAGUUGCAGAAUAUCAGCGAUACUGCCCUGUCGGAACCGUUCUGUGUUGUAUGUCAUGGGGACUACGCGGGAGACAACAUGAUGUUUUCGUACAAUGGAGGAUUUCCAAAUCGCAUGGUGUUGCUUGACUGGCAGCUGGCAAAGUAUGGCUCUCCGGCACUAGAUUUCGUACACACCGUCUUCCUAUCGACGGACGAAUCGUUUCGCCGCAAUCACUACGACAACAUGCUGCAGACGUACCACAACGCGCUGAUGAGCCAUCUUGAGCGACUUGGCGAUGAUAGUGCCACGGAGUGGUUCCCGCUGACGGUGCUAAUGCGGCUAAUCAAACUGCAGGCUCGACAAGCAUUGGUGCUUGGCAUGCUCCACAUACCACUGACAAUUGCAAGCGAAGAAGCGGCACUCGUUGCGGAAGAUCAGACCGAUGAGGAUCGUGAGGAUUCUAGCUCGGUGCAGAUAAGCGAUACGGGCGAUGCAAAGUAUCAGACGCGUAUGGCGGGACUGUUGAAGGAUGUUUUCCGAUUAGGUUUUCUUUAG